GCCCAGUUAUGGACUUCUUGACUGUUCCGGAAACGCACUAACGACUCUCCGGCCCACAUGUCUUUCCCGUUAUAUCCCCAUGGGGAGAACUCCACCGUCACUCCACCCUCACACGCUUGAGCACGCGGUUGCCGGAGCCACGCGAACCUGGAACACAACCCCGGACCCUACCCUGGAACGUCGUGAUGAGCAGGGGCCAGAAGCACAGGCACUGAAAACUCGCGACCGUGGCAUCAGAUGACAAAGGCCAGGAACACCGAAGUAGCCGUAGACGCGCUUAGGGAGACUCGGCGGCCACUGGUUCGAUUCGACUCCUCAAGACAGCAGCUCGCUGUCUAUAUGAAGCCUUGAUCCGCUGCUUCAUUCACCCCCAGUCACAGAGUCAAGGGAUCGCAAUCGUCACACCGCGUUAAACGACCGUUCGCCGUUGACUGCCUCGACAAACAACAUGGGGUUUUUCAACAACCUCAGCGGCAACUGGCUGAUUGCCUGCAUCACCUUGGUUAAUGCCGCCUCGAUGUCAUGGUUUGGCUACGACCAGGGAGUUUUCUCGGGCGUGCUGAUCUCGGCCGAUUUUAAGCAUUAUUUCCCCGAAACGAAUGAAGCCAGUAUCUCCGGCAUCACAUCCAGCUGCUUCUCGCUCGGCGCCUUCUGCGGCGCCAUCUUCGCCUUCACCCUUGGCGACAAGCUCGGCCGCAAAAAGACCAUCGCGCUCGGCCUUGUCUGCAAUGCCGUCGGUGCCAUCCUUCAGAUUGUCGCAUGGCAUCUUCCGCAGAUGAUUAUCGGCCGUGUUAUCAACGGGUUCGGCAUGGGUCUCACCUCGUCGACCUGCCCCGUCUACCAGGCCGAGUGCUCCCGCCCCAACGUGCGCGGCAAGCUGGUCGUCGUGCAAAGCGUGUGCAACACGGUGGCCUUCUGCCUCGCCAACUGGAUGAACUACGGCCUCUUCUUCUCGGGCGGCGCUCUGCAGUGGCGCUUCCCGCUGGGCUUCCAGCUCAUCUUCCCCGUCAUCGUCACCGCCGCACUGCUGUUCGUGCCCGAGUCGCCCCGUUGGCUGCUGUUGCAGGACCGCCACGAAGAGGCCCUCGCCGUCAUCGCCCGGCUCGAGUCCAAGGACGCCACCGUCCACGACGAGGCCGUCACGGCCGAGUUUCUCUCCAUCCGCACCGCUAUGGAGCACGAGCGUAAGGACCGGCCCGCGUUCAGCGAUGUUCUUCGCUUCAAGGACCGCCAGCAGAACCUGCGCCGGCUGCUGUUGUCGUGCGGCACGCAGUUCAUGCAGCAGUUCUCGGGCGUCAACGCGCUGGGCUACUACCUGCCCACCCUCUUGCAGCAGAGUGUCGGGUUUGAUGAGCAGAUGUCGCGCCUCAUGACGGGUGUUAACGGGACUAUCUAUCUGGGCGCGGCGCUGUGCUGUAUCCUGAUCAUUGAUCGGUUUGGCCGCCGGAAGAUGAUGUUGUACGGUUCUACCACGAUGGGUGCUUGCUAUCUUGUGGCGGCCAUGUGCCUCCGAGCGGCGCAGAGUGGGCAGGCCGACAAGAAACAGAUGGGCGACGUUACGACGGCCAUGUUCUUCCUGUACUACUUCUUCUACGGCACCAGCUUCGCCAAGGUGCCGUGGGUGUACAACUCGGAGGUCAACUCGCUCGGGUGGCGCACGCGGGGCGCGGCGGCGGCGACGGCGACCAACUGGAUGGGCGGCUUCAUCGUGACGCAGUUCACCAAGGUGGGCGUCGACAACCUCAAGUGGGGGUUCUACCUCCUCUUCGCCGUCAUCUGCUGGGCCUACUUCCCCGUCGUCUUCUUCCUGUACCCGGAGACCUCCCGGCGCACGCUCGAGGACAUGGACGAGAUCUUCAUGUCGAACCCUGGCGCCAUCGUCUUUAACAAGCCCGAGCUGACGCAGCGCCGCCGCCCGCAGGCUUUUAUUGAUGCCGAAGCCAGGCGCAUCGGUGAGGGCGCGGCGGCUGAGAUGGGCAGUGCCGGUGGUGUGCUGGACGAGAAGGACAUUGAAAACGUCAAGUCGGCGCACCUAGACCGGGAGCGUGGAAAUGGUGGAGUGUGAGAUCUGGAGCGGGACUGGAGGUGGUCUAGGUGUGUGUGAUUGCAGUGGAGAUCAAAGAUAUUAUUUGUAUUUGAUCGUGUUUUGGAUGUUGUCGAAGUCUUUUGUUUCACAAGCCCGUCUUGUUCGGAUAAUCCAUAAUUACAUCGUUACCGGGUACCUAUCGUUACAUCGGUCGCAUGUUGAUGUUGCAAGCAAAUGUGUGCAAAAAUGAAAUUUCAAUAAGAAUUGUUG